AUGGUUCGAUCAUGGUACAUGAUACUUCCUCGUCGAGUGAAGGAGAUGAUUGAUUCAUCAUGCCUAUGCCGGUUAGCCCUUAUAGAGACCCAAAAAUUCAAUCUGGCAUUGGUAGGGCCCUUGAUGGAGAAGUGGUGGCCGAGUACUCACUCAUUUCAUGUUCCUGUUGGUGAGAUUACCAUCACACCUCUAUACUUCUAUGCCUCGACGGGCGUUCCAUUUGGGGGUAGACCCAUGACCCGUCCUGAGACUCUGACAGCCAGGGAGUUUGCGGACCUGACAGGUCUUACCAUUGUGACUAAUCAGACACAUAUCCAUCUUAGGGAUAUCAGUGCACGAUGGUGGAGAACCGACUUGUGGGUAAACCUUGGCAACAUGGCCCAGGUGAUCCGUUCUUUCUUAUUGUUUGCUAUGGGUCAGUGUCUUUUUAGUGACCUCCGAGUGGGAGUAGACAUUUGCCUGGUGUUCUUCUUCGAGGAUCUUCAAGAGGUAGAUUCUUGGGACUGGGGUGGGGCCAUCUAUGCAUACCUCUUGUGGACCCUAGACUUGUUGUCAUAUGGAGACCGAGGUCUCAAGGGAAUCGGUUACAUCCUCCAGCCUUGGUGCUUUGAGCAACUGGAGAUUUCAGUUCCCAGACUGAGGGAUCCUCAGGUCACUUGGAGACCAUUCUAG